CCACCUGGUCUACUGUCUAUGUUGAAAUUGUUUUGUAAUUUUUUUUAUUUGACCGAUAAGUUUCGUAGCGAAUAGUCUGAUUUAUAUUUUCUAAGCGUGAAAUGGCAUCUUUACCAAUCGUGUCGAUUACACGUCGCGAAACUUUCAGCUCUUGUCACAGGCUGCACAGUUAUUUUCUUAGUGAUGAAGAAAACAAGAAAUUAUAUGGAAAAUGCAACAAUCCAAAUGGGCACGGACACAACUAUGUUGUACUGGUGACAGUUAAAGGGCCGGUAGAUCCUCAAACUGGCAUGGUUAUGAAUGUACAUGAUCUCAAACAGUACAUGCAGCAGGCUAUCAUGGACCCUCUCGAUCACAAAAAUUUAGAUGAAGAUGUGCCAUAUUUUAAGACAGUGGUGAGCACAACAGAAAACUUAGCAAUACUUAUAUGGGAUAAACUUCAAAAAGUCAUGGACAAACCAAACUUAUUGCACGAAGUUAAAAUAUUAGAGACUGAAAAGAACCAUGUUGUUUAUCGUGGUGGAUCUACAUAUCAGAAGAGGAAAUUUUAUUCAUCGGGUUUGCAAUCGAAUCACCAUGAUGUCUCUUCAGAUUCGGAUUGACUUAAUAUUGCAAUAAAUAUUAUAGUUGAAUAACAUAAAAAUAAAAUGGAAUAUUUUAUUUACAUAAUUGCUGAAAAGAAUUGUGUAAUAUUUUUAUAAUAUUAUUGUACAGCAGCUUGUGUUUACAUUCCACUUUUGUAUUUUCGAUGUUUACUAUGAAACUGUAAAUGGAAUUCACUUGUAGCUACUUUUGACAUGACUAUUUAAUAGUUAAAUAUAAAUAUUUUAAUGAACGUAACAGA